UCGUAACAAAUAUACAUUAAGUUAUAGUUACAUCUAUAGUAACUACUCAAAUUAAUUCAUUCCUUUGCCUUUUAAUUUAUAUAUUUUAAAAUGGUUGACAAUAAACCUUUGAUUAGAAGGCGUGCCUCAUUAAAAGCUAAGCUUACGCUAUUUGAAAGCCACCUAACAACUGUCGAAAGUUGUGAUCGCUUGAGUAGACUACAACUUACAGAAUUAAACGACCGGUUGUCAAAAAUCGAAGAAAUUUAUUCUGAAUUUGACUCCGUUCAGUGUGAUAUAGAGAAUGAAUUGGAAAUUCCAGAUGAGCAGUAUAAAGAACGCGAGGCUUUCGAGAGCAAGUACUUCGGGCUCGUCGCGCGCGCACGCGAGCUGCUGUCGGCGGCCGCGCCGGCGCCCCGCGCCUCUGCGGGCAGCGACCGCUCGGAGACAGGUUCUUGUGUGACUGCGAUUGGAGGUGGGACAAAACUUAAACUUCCUACUAUAGAUAUGCCUAGCUUCUCGGGCCAUUAUCAUGACUGGCUGGAGUUCCGUGACACAUUUAGUAGUCUCAUACAUUCAAAUAACUCAAUUCCAAACAUUAAUAAAUUUCAUUACCUGCGCGCCGCACUGAAGGGCAGUGCCGCGGUAAUAAUUCAAUCUUUGGAUUUUUCCAGCGAUAAUUAUACAUUGGCUUGGGAAUUACUUUGCGAUCGUUAUAAUAACAAAAGGUCUUUAGUGAACAAUCAUAUUCAGGCAAUUUUUAACAUAGAACAAUUGUCAAAAGAAUCGUCUAGAUCAAUAAGAAACCUUAUUGACACGAUAAAUAAAAACUUAAGAGCACUCAAAUCGCUUGAUCUCCCUACUGAGCAUUGGGAUGUACUUAUAAUUCAAAUAAUUUCAAGCAAAUUAGAUACAACUACUCAUCAUAAAUGGGAAUCCUUUAGGAAUAAAUUAAAGGAGCUUCCUACACUUAAAAUGUUUAACGAUUUCCUUAAAGAUCGGGCUGACUUAUUAGAAUCUACAGAAAUGUCUAAUAAAAAACGUAGGUCUAGCGACACUACGCACAAUCGACAGAAGGCGUUGACAGCUACUACAUAUUCCCCUACUACUUCUCGCAAGUAUGCUUGUCCGUUCUGUAAUGACGAUCAUGCACUGUAUCUAUGUCAAAAGUUCAAAUCAUUAAAAUUACAAGCUCGCGUUGAUAAAGCUAAAGCACUCAAGGUUUGCUUGAACUGUUUGCGCGUGGGUCACAAUGAAAAAACGUGUAGGCUAAACCCUUGUCGCACAUGUGGAUUACAGCGCAAUAGUUUAUUGCACGAACAUACAACUCCUGCAUCUUCGCCUUCGUCAAAUGACGUCGCGCUGCAUUCUUUGCCGCAGCCUGACGAUGAAGAACAAUUUUCUAGUCCAGUUCAAGAAAUUUCAAUGUCAGCCGUACAAAAUGAUAGAAUGCUACUGUCAACGGUCUUAAUUCAAGUGACAGACCACAGUGGUAAAAAACACACAAUACGAGCGUUACUCGAUAAUGGUUCGACCGCGAGUUAUAUUACUGAAAGUUUACGCGCUAAACUAAACUUACCUACUUCUUCAGCUCCGACAACCGUCGAAGGAUUAAAUUAUCAAACCUCACAUUUAUCAAAGUCGUGUGACGUACUUAUGUCGUCAUUAAUCAAUGAUUAUCAAUUAAAGGUGCCCUGCUAUGUGGCAUCGCGUAUAACCCAACCGUUGCCAGUGUCUCGAAUUGACCGUACAACGUUAAACAUACCGCCACACAUUAGGUUGGCAGACCCCACAUUUGAUGUGCCUGCUCCAGUAGACAUGUUACUUUCAUUAGGAAUAUUUUGGUCAGUACUUGGUACUCAUAAAAUUCCAUUAGGUAAAAAUAAACCAACUUUAUGGGAAACCAAAUUGGGUUAUUUAGUUACAGUUCCAACAGAACAAUACUCAGCAUCGAAUUUAAAUACAGUCCAUUGCAACCAUAACAUUAAUUUACACUUACAACAUUAUGAUAAACAAUUAAAUGAUCAACUUUCUCAAUUCUUUGAAUUAGAAUCAGUCGCAACGCGUAAACAACUUUCCAAAGAAGAGCAGGAAUGUGAACAGAGUUUUAUAAAUAAUACCACUCGACUUCCUGACGGUCGUUUUGAAGUGACGAUUCCAUUAAAGGAGACGCCUGAAAAACUAGGCGACUCUUAUGAAAGGGCUCUGUCCAGGUUCAUCUCUUUGGAGCGUAGAUUCAAACGUGAACCACAUUUUAAAGAACAUUCUUGGCCUAAACAGCCAUUACAUUUACAAGAUUCUGAUUUACCAGAGUUCAAGGUCAUAUGCAACUUAAAUGCAAGUCAUACUGAUCACACAUCGUAUUUUACUGAGUUUAUGAAGCGAUUUUCUAAUUUCGGUAAGCUGCAACGUAUAAUCGCAUACGUUCAUCGAUUUAUUUACAAUUGUCGUAACCCACAAGAUAAAUAUACUGGUGACAUAAAAAUAAAUGAACUAAAUUUAUCUUUAAAUUCAAUGUGCAGAUUCGUUCAGCUUGAAGUUUUUAGCUCGGAAUAUGACUUAUUAAAAAAUAAAAAACAAUUGUCUGCCAAUAAUAAAUUGCUACAAUUGAAUCCAUUUUACAACACAACUGAUAAACUGUUACGAGUAGGUGGCAGACUCUGUAACUCAUUUUAUGAUUAUGACACUAAACACCCAAUAUUACUAGAUUCAAAGCAUCAUUUAGCCACACUAAUAGUUAGACACUAUCAUAUAAUGUUCUUACAUGCACCUCCGCAACUAUUACUUGCAAUCUUGCGCCACAAAUUCUGGUUGAUCAAUGGUCGAAACCUUGCCAGAAAAAUAGUUGAAAAUUGCAUUAGAUGUCGUCGUUAUGCAGGCAAGAGUAUUCAACCCAUAAUGGGCAAUCUUCCUUCGCCACGCCUGCAUACUGACUAUGUAUUUGCUAAUACCGCGUGUGACUACGCCGGACCAAUCAUGAUACUGAACCGAAGAGGCCGAGGCAGCAGACUGAUAAAGUCGUAUCUGUGCAUAUUUGUUUGUCUAGCCGUAAAAGCGGUUCACAUAGAACUUGUCACCGAUUUAAGUAGUAACACUUUUCUCACAGCACUAGAUCGAUUCAUUGCCCGCAGAGGAAAGCCUCAAAACAUUUUCUUAGACAAUGGGACUUGCUUUACAGGCGCAUGUAAUGAGUUGUCUAAAUUUUUAAAAUCAAAUAGUAACUAUAUCAGCUCAAAAGCAUCUGAGAUGUUCAUAAACUUUAAAUUUUCACCAGCAUAUAGUCCACACUUUAAUGGAUUAGCCGAGGGUUCCGUAAAAUCUGUUAAAUACCACUUAAUAAGGGUCUUAGGUUUAGCCCACUUAACGUACGAAGAUUUAAAUUCAGUUCUCACUUGCAUCGAGGCUACCCUUAAUUCUAGGCCUCUCACUCCAUUAUCAUCCGACCCUUCAGACCUUACCGCGCUUACCCCCGCUCACUUCUUAAUCGGACGAACGCUAACGAUGUUGCCUUCUCCUCAGAGCUCUGACCCUGCGGCGAUACCUACUCUCUCACGAUAUAUGAGGAUUCAACAAUUGAAAGCCCAUUUCUGGUCCCGAUAUUAUACAGAGUACAUUACAGAGCUCCAGAAACGACAGAAAUGGCGCAAACAAGGACAGCAACUCCAGCUAGGAGAAAUGGUGCUGGUGAAAGAUGACCGGCUGCCUCCCAACCGAUGGCUGCUGGGGCGCGUGACGCGCCUCUACCCCGGCUCCGACGGCGUGACCCGCGUAGCCGACGUCAACACCACUUCGGGAACUCUUCGACGAGCUUUCAACCGACUGUGCCCUCUACCAGUUAUGGACACGAACUUCGUUCCUGGGGCCGCAACAUGUUAACGCCUAGCAUGUGUUUGUGUGAACGAUUGAUGCACUCACACACGCAUACGUCAAAGAACCUGCCCUAUCGACGCGAGCCGACUGCUUUACCGACCGGGCCGCGUCCUUCACUCGUCCUCAAGCCACGAAAACGAAAACGUGCUACUUUCUUGUACAAUUUUAUUU